AGAGUCAGGCUCCACAACCUACAUUCCAAUGGAGAUAAAGAAGACGCCCUCCUAUGCGUUCCUUCGAGAAAACAACUUCACGCUCCUCAGGCCAAAUAAAUCAGACAGCCCGCGCAUGCGUGGACCCAAACGAGUGCUGCGGUUAUGCAUGUUUUCCCUGCUGCUUCCGGCUCUGCUGAUCACCAUUCCGCUUUACAUGCGCAUGGUGCUGUACCCGCCAAGUCAGUAUCCAAUGAUGCCUACUGACCAGCGCCUUCUCAGCCGCCACGUAUCCUCUGUAUGGUGCCAGGCGCAGUUGACCCGCAUGAACGGAAGCUUCACGGCUUUCCUCGCCCCGGAGACCCCCCACAUCCUCAGCUCACCCCGGGUACAUGCCAUGGUCCACUCCAUCACCCUGGGGGACGACGUGAAGGAGUACUGGGGCUUCCACCUCCUCAAGGGGUCCAAAGUCACCGUGUCCGCGUGCUCAAGGUAUGACGGGGCGCAGCUGAUGUUACUCCGGGGCGUCGAAAACCUCCGUCGGUGUGCAUGGAUUGGCGAGGAAGACUCCAUGGAAGAGGAAGAGGAACUGGAAAAUGAGCAUGUGCCAGAGAAUAAGGAAGAGGUAAAAGGAGAAGAAGGGGAAUUGGAAGAAGUUGAGGAGGGUGAGGAAAAGGAGGCAGAUCAAGGAAAUAGCAUGAAGGCAAAAGGGCCAGACGUGAUCGCUCUCCCGACGCCAGAAAAGAGAGUUCCUGAAGCCGCUGAAGAAGAGGAUGGUCAGCCCGAGAUCGCGGAGGAAGUGCAGCGGGACCCGGCGAACGACAGCGAGCAAACGAAUGGCGACGAAGCGGAUGAGACGUUGCGAGCAAGUGUGGAUGAAACACAUUCCAGGGGCCAUGCGGACGCGUCAGAGGAGAGGCGACAGGACCUGCAGCAACUCUUGAGACAGGCACUGAGCAUGAGCAAAGACAAGAAAGAAAUCUUACGGAUUCUUCAUUCGGUGGGACGUGAAAGGGAGCAGCCUCUUCCUCAAAGGAUCCAGCAGAUCCUUGGGGUGACGCCCACAAGCAGCCCUAGCCGGCAACGGAAAUUUCAGGCGCAAUUGUCUUCACUCAGACAAGAAAGAGCUAUUGAUAUGGAAGAUGACGACAACGCACACGAGGUUUUUGACUGGGAUGAGCCUUCUCGGCCGACCGAAGUUACUGUGAAGAAGCCAUCGGAAGACAUCGAAAAAAUCGUGGGCGGCCAAAUUUUCCUUCCCGAGGGACUCAAGUUCGAGAGAGGAAAGUUCAACCAAACGACCGCCAACGACGGCUCUGACGAGGAGAACGUGUCUUCCUACUCGAGCAGCGAAGAGGCGCUGGCCAGCUGCGAAGGCGUCAUCAUGUCCCUCCCGUUAGUGUCGUACCGCGGGUGCAGUAUUCGCUGGACCGAAAUCAAUAAGUUCACUUACGACAUCCCCGUCACUGGGACAUACUACUUCGUAUUUUCUAGCGAGAAUGAGAUAAAUGAAAACAAAUUCUUCUUCAACCUAACGUUUGAAAGAAUGGUUUACGACACGACGAAAUCCGCGACCGUGUGCGAGAACAAAACGGAGUGCCUCGUGCCCUUCUCCUUCUGGUCGAACGAGCGUGCCGUGGUGGAGGUGCCAGAGGAAAGCACUUGGGAUCAUUCCUACGUCAUGGAUACCACGUGUGAGCCGCGUGUGGCCGUUUACCUGACUUUCAUCCUUCUCGUGCCAGUUGUAAUACUUAUCUGUGCCUUCCAAUAGCUUUUUUACAUUCUUUUGUCAUCUCAGUUAUGUCUUCCAUUUGAGUGCCUUCACAGUGUCUUAGCAUAAAUUGGUGGUUCUCAUGUGCCUUCAGUGCACGAGUCUUGUAUAUGUAAGCUACUUUUUCCACUUUAGUUUAUCUUGGUCUUAAACUGUAUCAGGCAAUGAAAGUGUAGUUGAUGUACCCGUUAUUUUUAAGGUUUCUUUUCCCAUUUCAGCAACAAUAUUUUUUUUAUCCAGUGUUUCCAAAUGAUCUCAUUCGACCAUGAUUCGUCAAUCUUUUUAUCUUCUCCAUCGAAAGUUGAAUAAUUUAAAGGACUGCAAUAGAAGAAUAGUUUCAGAGGGAAUGGGAUAAUGUUGCUAGACUGAAGCACAUAAAGGAUGAAUACUCAUUUUACCCUUGAGCAACAUGCAAAUCAGUCUCGCGUAAAAAUGUGUAGAAUGUGUUAAUUAAGGAACAAUUGUACCGAUAUGAAAAGGUUUCCUCUUGGGGAUUGUGUUAUUGUUUGUGAUUUGUCGACUAUUUUUUUCUUAUAUGUAAAAAGGCUGUGCGAAUUUUGAUAUAUGUUUCUGUAGAUCCAAUGUAUAAGCAGGUGAUA